AUCUGAUUUCACGAUGGCCUCCUGCAAAUAAUUGCCUAAUUAUUGUAAUGCCUCUCCCUUGUGGCGUGACCCUUCGAUACUACUGACAGCCACCAGUAUCAAAUAUCAGAACACCAUCACAACACCAGAAACUCUAAUUACGCCACAAUUCAUUUGCUCAUCCCUCGGGUCUUAUAAAUCACGGCACACUGUCAACGCACAGCGGGACACCAACUCUUCGAGUAAUCUGACUGCACGCAAUGGGCUCAGCAACCCGAGUAGCGAUUGUAGGCGUCGGCGAAGUCGGCGGUGCCGUCGCUUACAACCUCACGUUGAAUUCCAUGGCGAGCGAGUUGCUUCUCGUCGACCUCGAUCUCAAUAUCAGAAAUGCUCAGAUCGAAGACCUCUCCGAUGUCACGUAUAGCACUAACGGCAGUACACGUGUACGUCCAGCCACGUACCGUGAGGCUGCUCAGAGCGAUCUCGUGGUCAUAACCGCUGCGUCUAAACACAUGCUGGGUCAGACAACUGUUGACUAUACGUCUCGGAACACUUCGAUGAUACGUGAGGUGAUGGAGGCGAUGAAACCCUUUCGAGCUGACACGGUUCUGCUAAUUGUGGCAGAUCCUGUUGACUUGCUUACAUCUAUCGCCAAAGAGAUGUCGGGACUUCCUGCAUCUCAGGUCAUUGGUACUGGUACUGUUCUCGACACUCAUAGGCUUCGUGGGAUGGUUGCAUCUCGUGCUUUGGUAUCGCCGUCUGCUGUAGAUGCAUUCGUCGUGGGCCGCCACGGAGACGACCAAGUAGUCGCGUGGUCUGCAGCAACCGUUGGCGCGGUCCCUAUUGCUGAUGUGAAGAUGCUGACUGCUAUCGAUCGCAGUAAGAUCGAACUCAUCUGCAAGCAUCGAUCGCAUAAUAUCAUACUGGGGAAAGGAUCUGCACCGUUCGGAAUCGCUUCAGUCGCUGCUAACUUGUGCUGCUCUGUCAUCUUUGAUAAGCAUGAGACGUACCCGGUCAGUCACUUUCAAGAGGAGUAUGGAUGCUGUCUCAGCUCGCCAGCUGUUAUGGGGAGGAAGGGGAUCCUGAGUUCAGUUCCGCUGGUGAUGGAUGAAGAUGAGAAUGCGGCAGUAAAGGCAUCGGGGGAGCUAUUGAAAGCCAGCGUUGAAUCAGUCCAGCGAGACUGGUAUUGACGAUUCUUGGCGUUCGCAAGUUUAUAGUUAAUAGGUUUAAUUGUUCUAAUUUUGCC